UUGGCUGUCUGAUGCGGUAUAAAUGGUAGGUUGUCUACUACGUCGCACUAUUAUUGUUAUUAGGGGAUUAUCUCUUUGUUCUUGGUUGGUUGAUUGAUUGAUUGAUUGAUUGAGUUACUACUGCUAUUACGACUAUUACUACAGUGUUAAUCAACUCACCAUGUCCAACCGGGUUCUCAUCGCCGGUGGGGGACUAGGCGGUCUUGCUCUAGCCCAGGGUCUACGAAAGAAUAACAUUCCCUUCCGGGUCUUCGAGCGAGACGCGAAGCAGGAUUUUCGCGCACAGGGGUACAGAUUACGUGUAUCCCAGGACGAUCUGCCCUCCCUUCUCACGCCUGAUGUGUGGACGCUGUUUGAGAAGACAGCUGCCAUUGAUGGACCCCCUGGGUCUGGAGCGAGAUUGGAUGCCGUCACGGGGGAAGCGUUUCCCUCGGGUGCUCUUGGUGGUGGUCCGCCGCCUGGGAUACAUGGACAGUUGAAGCCGUUCACGGUGGAUCGUGGGACGAUGCGCGAAGUGCUUCUCACUGGGCUUGGGGAGGAUGUGCAUUUCGGGAAACGGUUCACGAGGUAUGAGGUCAAGGGGGAUGGUGUGGUGGCGCAUUUCAGCGAUGGGAGCUCGUAUGAGGGGGCGCUGCUGGUGGGUGCGGACGGGGCGCGAUCGCAGGUCCGGAGGCAGCUUUUGCCCGAGUAUCCGUUUGUUGAUACGGGGAUGCGGAUGAUUUAUGGGAAGACGCAUAUCACGAGGGGGUUGGAGGAGAGGAUUCAUGAGAAGUGUUGGGAGGGGAUGUCGCUGGUUGUUGAUGGGGAUUCGAGGGCGCCGAAGACGUUGCUGUUUGAGCCGAUGCGGCUUCCGAAAGGAGAGGGGUUGGGUAUCAAGUUGCCGCAGGAUUAUGUGUAUUGGGUGCUCCUUGCUCAUCGGUCUUUUAUUCCGUUGCCGGAUGAGCAGACGCUGAGGUUGAAUGGGGAGGAAUCUGCCCGGUUGUCCCUGGCGUUGUCUGAGAAGUGGCAUCCGUCUGUUCGGGUCCUGUUUGAGGAGCAGGACGUCACGCAGACAUCAACGCUGAGGAUGUCUUCGGUCAGGCCGGAUUUGCCGGCGUGGGAACCCAAUCCGAGAGUGACGCUUCUGGGAGAUGCAAUUCAUGUUAUGCCUCCAACUGGUGGACAGGGCGUGAAUACGGCAUUGCAUGACGCGGCGGAGCUGGUUCGCAGGCUCGUCGAGGCGAAGGGCGAGCAGAUUGGCGUGGAGGUCAUUGGGAAGUAUGAAGAGACGCUGAGAGAGUAUGCACGGGAAAGGGUCGGACUGAGCUGGCAGGGGGGCUACAGGGCAUUUAACCUGAAGCCUGUCGAAGAGUGUGAGAGUGUUGAUCUGUCGUGACUGUCAUGAUGGCUCCCUAUAGUAUGGAAUUAGGCGGAGCGGUUGCUGGGUGGUGAGUCUUGUACUGAGAAUCGGGAAAAUGGAAGAUGCGGUGUCAAUUAGUGGAAGAAUCUGUAUCUGUAGUAAAUAAAGAUCAUUGCUCAUUGCAUAUUCCAGC